AUGACUUCACUGUCGGCGGGACAGGGAAAGGAGAUACCCGGAGAGGAUCUUGGGCCUGGCCCACUUGGUAUGACCCAUAGUCCUUCGGAUCUUCGUGCUCCCGUGAAUGUUUUGGGAACUGCCCGGGUGAGGGCUGUUACUGCUCCAUCUACCAAGCUCGUGCGGAACCCUUCGGAGCCGUCGGUGAGAAGAACUGCACAUGCCGUCGGAGACGAUCGGGAGGUGCAGGCACAUGCUGUUCACAUGACACUGAAUAUUUUGGCAAAUUCUUAUCAACUGUAA